CAGUUCGAUGGAUUACAGAAAUGUUCCUAUGGCCUCCCCUAUGCCGCAAAAUUCUCCGAUUUACAACCUUUUUAUAUUACUAUUACGCGUAGGGCAAUUAAUAGGGUUAUUUCCUUUACAUUUUUCUCGAGAACGUGGCACCCCUGGUGUGAGAUUUCAAUGGAUUUCGUAUAAAACUGUAUAUUCCGGAGGAGUUGUUAUCUUGUUGAUAUUUGUAACUGUCUCAUGUUACAUUACUGGUUGGCUUGUGGAUGAUGGUUGGACGUUUAGGCAUAUUUUGAGAACUGUAUUUUACACCUCCAGUAUGUUUACUACAAUUGCUCUACUUAGGAGUACUAGACGAAUACCAAUGCUUAUGCAAAAGUGGAUGGACCUUGACUAUUUGCUGGGCGCAAAGUAUGGGUACCCACCGCAUGCGAUCAGAUAUACAAAAUGCGCGAUUAUUGUAACAUUCUUAUGUUGCUUGGGGCAGAUACUCCUUUUUUCGUUAUAUACCCUUCAACACGUCAAAGUGAAGGCAGUUUCCAGAAACAUAACAUACCAUGAAAGGUUGUACUUUAUCGCGAUUUUUCCACAAAUUUUUGAACACUUGCCAUACAAUUUGCUUCUUGGACUUCUGUGCCAGUGUUGCUAUAUGCUUUCCAUUCUUGGAAUGGCAUACCUAGACCUAUUAAUUUCGUUGAUAGGCUUAUUUUUCAGCUUCCGAUAUCAACAAAUUACCAAAAAAUUAAGAGCCGUUGUGUGGAAAGUAAAUCAACCGGAACCAAACCCGACGUUUUGGAAAGAUAUUCGGGAAGAUUACAAUCGUAUUUGCGUUCUUGGUUGCGAUAUCGAAAAUAUCAUUACUAAUUUGAUAUUUGUAUCAUACGCCUGCAACCUACUAUUAUCUUUAGUAUAUCUUCGCUAUAUCACAGUCAUACCAGGAUUCACCACCGAAAAAGUAUAUAAUAUAGUAUGUUUUGCGGUGUAUGCCACGAAAAUGUUUCUCACCUCUGUUUAUCUAUCCAAGGUAAAUGUGACCAGUCUAGAAGCAAGCAUUCCGCUAAAUUCCGUUUCAACCAGGCAAUACAAUGUUGAAAUUCAAAGGUUACUUCAACAGAUAAACGGCAAUUGUGUAGCUUUUACUGGGAAUAAAGUAUUUAGGGUUACCAGGCACAUUGUGCUACACAUUUUUGCAAUCAUGCUCACGUAUGAAUUAGUCUUGGUACAAUUCUCACAACUCAACUUUCACAUUCACUAGGAGCUAGUGUGAUGUGAAACGACGCAUCACUGGUUUUUGGAAAGAUUGGAUUCUAUAUACGCUCUUUAAAAUAAUUAUAUUUUCAUGCAUAUAGUGCGAUGAAAUCGUUAAGAUGCUUUUACACACUCUAUGGUAAUAUAGGUAGUUAUAAUAUUGUUCGCAAAAAUCUUACAAUGUAAUGACCUGAGCCAAUCAAUAAGCGAUAAAAAAAUCGUAACCUUAUCAGUAUUUUAAUAUCGGAAUGAAAACCUGUUAUAGGUAAUACGUAGUUGAACUAUU